AUGUCGGGAACUACACGUACGGACAAGACUCCACAGCGAGCAACAAUUAGACAAAUGACGCGGUUUCACACGGAUGAAUACAUCAAUUUUUUGGAGAGGGUCACACCAGUAAAUGUGGAAGAAUUAUCACAGCAACAAACAAGAUUCAACGUCGGCGAGGAUUGUCCGAUUUUCGAGGGAUUAUUCGAAUUUUGCUCGAUUUCGGCUGGUGGAUCAAUCGAUGCCGCGAAUAAGUUGACGAGCGGUGAGUCCGACAUAGCGAUAAAUUGGUCCGGAGGACUCCAUCAUGCAAAAAGGUUUGAAGCUUCCGGAUUUUGCUAUGUGAAUGAUAUCGUCCUAGCUAUCCUUGAGCUGUUGAGAUUUUAUCAGCGCGUCCUUUACGUGGACAUCGACAUACACCAUGGAGAUGGUGUGGAAGAAGCCUUUUAUUCCACGGACAGAGUGUUGACCUGUUCGUUUCACAAGUUUGGACAAUUUUUCCCUGGUACUGGCGACGUUUCGGACAUUGGUAUUGGGAAGGGGAAACAUUAUGCCGUGAAUUUUCCCCUGAAGGAUGGUAUGGACGAUGAAAAUUAUCGAGAUGUGUUUCGACCGGUCGUGCAGCGCAUAAUUGAAUGGUAUAGACCGGGAGCAAUAGUUCUUCAAUGUGGUGCAGAUUCACUCGCCGGGGAUCGAUUAGGAUGUUUCAACCUAUCGAUGAAAGGUCAUGCCGCUUGCGUAGAUUUUGUGAAAGACUUUAACAUACCUCUGCUGGUUGUUGGCGGAGGGGGUUACACGAUUCGCAACGUAGCCCGCGCUUGGACAUAUGAAACUGGGUUGCUACUGGGUGAACAAUUGAACGAAGAUCUACCAUAUAACAACUAUCUGGAAUAUUAUGGCCCACAUUUCAAAUUAGAGGUUCCGGCCAAUAACAUGGAAAACAUGAACACCUCAACUUAUUUGGCUGACAUGAAAGCGAAGGUCUUUGAAAAUUUGCGAUCCAUCCCUUUCGCGCCAAGUGUACAGAUGCAUCAGGUGCCAUACAACGACGAGUCUGACGAAUCCGAGAAUGAAGAAGAUCCAGAUGUGAGAAUUUCUCAGAGACAACGAAACGCGCGCGUUGUACCUGAAAAUGAGCUUUCUGACUCGGAUGACGAAGGUGGAAGACGAAAUGAAAGGAACUAUAAUGCUAACGGAAACGGGAAGAAUGGUGAUUUUUCAACACGUAAAUUUCGAACAAGCAACAAAACACUAUACAACGAAACCGAAAGUCGCGGUUCUUCUUCACGUCCCAGCAAAAUAGGUAGUGGUCAAGGACGCGGCAAAUCAUCAAGGUCUACCCUGAUGACGGAUGAUGUACUUAACACUACAAUGAUCAGAACUGCGCCAGCGGACACGCCUUCGAUAAUGGCGCCUCCGAGAAGUUCAUCUCGACCUCCGGCGCCAUCAUCUGAUGCUGUGCAGGAAGAACAGAUGGCCGACAUUCCAACAGUUCACCCGGAAAUUCCACAGAUUCGUAGUGAAAAUGAUACAUCCAAUGUUGAAAACGAAAAGGACGCUAUGGAUAUAGAUGCCAUAGAGACCGAUCGAAUAGUGAAGACCGAAGAUACUGAAGAC